CAGAAACCCGCUGCUGUCUGCUGGAGCGCUUCGCGUUUUGCUGCACCUCAGAGACGGAGUGUUUUCAGUAGCCGUUUACCGAGACAUUUCUGUCGGUUACCGACACCAUGAACACGCUGAAGAACUGAAGUUUACGAGCACCGACGCCCGUUCUGAUUGAUGGAUUUAUUCUGAGAUUAAAAGCAGUUGGAUUGGAUGCAGUAUCUUCAAGACUUUAUGGCACACUGUGGCCAAUUCAUGAGUCCCAACUAUGGAACAGUGACCGGAGUGAUGCCACCAAUAAAAAUGCAGAUCAACCAUGCCUCCAUUGCUGAUCUCCAUCAAGGACACUCAGAUUUUACCGCUGUCUGGAACUCUCCCUCUUCUCUUGGAUAGUUUAUAUUUCAACAUACAUCAUACCGCACUCAAGACCAUAUUGUUUAUUGACAACUUCAUUAUAUCACUAGAAAGAUGAAAUUUCCUUUUAUUAGGAGUCCCAAUUAAAACAAAGACACAUAAGUUACAAACUCCAGAAAGGGGUAAAAUGAAAGUGUGUGCCGUACAGAUGAGGUUGCAUUAUGGCAGCUGAAUCUCUUCAAAGGCUGCAUUCACGUGUCUGGUUCGGAGGAGAGUGAUAGUUGAACGAUGCAGCGAAGCGGAGGCAUCGUUGGGAACAGCACCCAGCCAUGGGUACUGAGGCGAGUACGGCUCACCUGGCUCAGUUUCAUGCUCUUCUUCAUCCUGGUUUGCUUCCCUCUCAUUGCACAUUACUACCUCAACACAAUCGAUGAAGCAGGGGGACCAGAUAAGCGCAUUUUUGGGCCAAGACCUGGAGGAGAACUGUGUGAAGCGAAGCACGUUCAAGACCUGUGUCGUAUCCGAGAAUCUGUCAGCGAGGAGCUUCUGCAGCUUGAGGCAAAGCGUCAAGAGCUCAAUGGCGAGAUAGCCCGACUUAACCUUCGCAUCGAGGCCUGUAAACGUAGUAUUGACAGUGCCAAACAGGACUUGCUACAACUCAAAAAUGUCAUCAGCCAGACAGAGCACUCUUACAAGGAACUUAUGGCUCAAAACCAGCCAAAACUGUCAUUGCCAGUUAGACUUUUACCAGACAAGGAUGAUCCUGGAUACCCUCCUCCAAAGUCGGCCCAAAACUGCCGUUUGCAUACGUGUUUUGAUUACGCUAGAUGUCCGCUUACAUCUGGCUUCCCGGUCUAUGUUUAUGACACAGGAUCAUAUCCUUGGGGUGAGAAGUUGGACCCUCUCGUCAAACAAGCCUUUGCCUCAUCCGUUAAAAGUAGUGUAUAUGUGACCGAUAAUCCCAACAUUGCUUGUCUGUACAUAGUGCUCGUUGGGGAAAUACAAGAGUCACCCUCCUCUCCUCCUGCCUCACCCUUAGACCUUGAAAAGCAGCUCAAGGCCUUGCCGUAUUGGAGGUUGGACGGCCACAACCACCUGCUUGUACAUCUUUUAAGAAAGUCUCUGACACAGAACUUCCUCUACAAUGUGAGCACAGGACGAGCAGCAGUGGCACAGUCUACCUUUUUUGAUCGUCAAUAUAGAGAAGGUUUCGACAUGGUUGUGUCUCCUCUAGUCCACGCUCUGUCUGAACCCAACUUCCUAGAGGUGCCUCCGCAAGUCCCGGUCAAGAGGAAGUAUCUCUUCACCUUUCAGGGAGAAAAGGUGGAGUCUUUGAGGAGCAGUUUGCUUGAAGCGCCACCACAAUCCUUCGAAGAGGAAAUGGAAGGGGAUCCACCAGCUGAUUAUGAUGAUCGCAUUAUUGGCACUCUUAAAGCUGUACAAGACAGUCACCUAGACCAGGUUCUUGUGGAGUUCACUUGCAAGAAUCAGCCUAAGCCGAGUUUACCAACAGAGUGGGCGUUGUGUGGGGAGCGUGAGGAUCGUUUAGAGGUACUGAAGGUCUCUACAUUUGCCUUGGUGAUAUCUCCAGGCGAUGGCCAGUUGGUGGCCUCUGCUGGCUGUAGCAUGAGACUUUUUGAAGCUUUGGAAGUUGGAGCAAUACCGGUGGUGCUUGGUGACCACUCAAAGUUGCCCUACCAUCACCUUAUACGCUGGAGUGAGGCAGUCAUCAUGGUACCCAAGCCUCGCAUAACAGAGCUGCACUUUCUGUUGCGUAGCAUCUCAGACAACGACCUACUGGCCAUGCGACGGCAGGGUCGGUUUCUUUGGGAGACGUACUUCUCCACUUCAGAGAGCAUCUUCAGCACCAUCCUAGCUAGCGUACGAACCAGCAUCCAGAUACCAGCAGCACCUAUACGUGAGGAGCCUGCCCAGGAGAUUCCUCACAAAGCUGGAAAGUUGGCAGGAACUGAUGCUAACUUGGCUGACAAUGGUGACUUAGAUCUGGGGCCUGUUGAAGUAGAGCCCCCUUAUGCUUCGCCACGCUUCUUGCGUAACUUCACCUACACAGCUGCUGAUGUCUACCGCACCUGGAAUCGUGCACCUGGCCCCUUCCAUCUAUUCCCACAUACUCCCUUGGACCCCAUACUUCCCUCAGAAGCCAAGUUUCUGGGGUCGGGGACUGGUUUUCGCCCUAUCGGUGGAGGUUCUGGGGGAUCUGGUAAAGAGUUUCAAGCUGCUCUAGGAGGUAACGUCCCACGGGAGCAGUUUACUGUGGUUAUGCUUACUUAUGAAAGGGAGGAGGUUCUUAUGAACUCAUUGGAGAGACUAAAUGGCCUUCCUUAUCUCAACAAAGUGGUGGUAGUGUGGAACUCCCCCAAACCACCUUCGGAUGAUCUCCUCUGGCCAGACAUUGGUCUACCAAUUGUGGUGGUACACACAGAAAAGAACAGCUUAAACAAUCGCUUCCUUCCCUGGGAUGCAGUCGAGACUGAGGCUGUUUUGUCUAUUGAUGAUGAUGCCCAUCUUCGACACGAUGAAAUUAUGUUUGGGUUCAGGGUGUGGCGGGAGGCCAGAGACCGAAUUGUGGGAUUCCCAGGAAGGUUUCAUGCCUGGGAUGUAAAUCACCAAUCUUGGCUCUACAAUUCCAACUACUCCUGUGAGCUCUCCAUGGUGCUGACGGGUGCGGCCUUCUUCCACAAGUAUUACGCAUACCUCUAUUCCUACGUCAUGCCUCAAGCCAUACGUGACAUGGUGGACGAGUACAUCAACUGUGAGGAUAUCGCCAUGAACUUCCUCGUGUCACACAUCACUCGCAAACCCCCCAUCAAGGUGACGUCACGUUGGACCUUCCGCUGUCCCGGCUGUCCGCAGGCUCUUUCACACGACGAUUCGCACUUCCACGAGCGUCACAAGUGCAUCAACUUCUUCGUAAAAGUCUACGGAUACAUGCCCCUGUUAUACACUCAGUUCAGAGUGGACUCGGUACUCUUCAAGACGCGGUUGCCCCACGACAAGACGAAGUGUUUUAAAUUCAUUUAGCGGAUCGGGGAACUUAAAAGCACAGAUGGACGCACGGACGCGAGACGGUCUCACUCUGGGAACAUGAAGGGUAUUAAAACUUCUUGUAAAUAUCAGAGAAAUUUUCUUUGAACUUGUCUUCCUUGAAGUCAAGGGAGAACAAUUAGAGAACAAACGAUUACCUUCAAGCGUUUUUAACGUUGUGUGUGAUUCAUCAACAACCACUACAGGCUUUAUUUGCACCUCUUUUCACGGGACGUCUGGGACAGGGACGCGUCAGUGGACCUCAAAUUGCAUUUUGAUCAUGCUGUACUGACAGAACAAACUGAGUUAUGGACCGACAGAGGCUGUUUUUGGAUGACACAUCUGAGAAUUACGGGAGAGUCAAAGUGUCUAAAUGAUUCGUGUUAUUUUUACUUUGCAUAUUCUCGUUUGAAACGCACUGAUGGUCAUGUUUUGUUUAGUUUUUAACUCGUGUGUGUGCUUCUGUGCAUGUGUGAAUGGCUGAGUGUUGUUCUGUUGGUUGAUGCUGACUAAGCGUCAUUAACCCCCAUCAAAUAUUUGUUGAUCAUCAGUAAGAAUAGCACGAGAUAUCAAACAUAACUGCAUAGGAAUAGCACCAAAUCAAGCUGGUACACAUUCUCUUGUCCAUCACAAUCAUACAAGAAAACAAAAUGACUGUAUUUAACAUGUUUAGUACAUUUGUGGAAUAACAGAUCUAUUCUGACGCCUUUUGAUGGAUUAUCACGACUUGUGUUUCAUUUUAAUGAACUUGAAUGAUUUCAGAAGUGAAAAUCGCAAAGAAAUUUCCAGGUCAUAUUUAAUCAUAUAUUUUACAUAAAGAAAAGCCUUUUUUUGUUCAUUGUUUGUUUCAUGAAUUAAAGCAUCCAAAUUCUAAUUUUGUAAUGCAAAUAUUUGACUUUUUCUAAUGCAAAAUAUAGUUUUUCAAUCAAAUUAAAUGUUUAAGACUGGUAAGAUGUGUUUAAUUUCUAUCAGUUAUCAUUACUAUAACCCAAAAAAGUUCAGUAAUGUGCAUAAUUUUUUUCGUUUACAUCACAUUAAAUUCAGUGCAACAAAUAUUACUACAGCUUAUUUAAAUGUAUACAUGUUACAUUAAUACAUUAAAUGUAUUAUUGUCAUUAAAAUUUCAAAAUCUGGUCCUAAAAUAAUGUCUUAAUUUUUCUUUGUAUACAAUAUUAUUUCUUCAUUUUGGUUUUGUGAUCAAAUGUGACCUGGACAUGUUCUUGACAGUUUCAUGUGUGAAUGUGUUUGUGUGUUUUAUGAAACGUGUGUCUACAAAUGGCAAGCAUGGUUUCCGGUUGUGAGGAAGGAAAACUGACGGGAUGCACAGUAGCUCCUCUUUGCUCUGUAAAUGGUACGUGUCUCUUUUCUGUGCCAGGAUGUUACCUGGGGCUCCUUCUGCCGAGCUGAUUUCACCCUUCAGUUGACAAAUUUGAGAUGCCUUUGAGAACGCUGAGCUUGACUGUUUCUGUCUGUUGGUUAAUUCAUGAUGGCUGUCCUGACAUGUUUACAUUUACAUUUAUUCAUUUAGCAGAUGCUUUUAUCCAAAGGGUCUUAAAAUUGGGGAAUACAUCAAGCGAUUCAUCUUAAAGAGGCAAAUAGACAAAGGAAGUACUCGUCAUACCAAGUUUCAAGCAUUGUUUAAAUAAUUACAAGCUAGACAGAGAAAGAAGAAAGAGAAAAAGAUUUCUCAGAUAGUGUAGAAAGAGGUGAGUUUUCAGCUGUCGCUUGAAAAAUGUCAGCGAUGCAUCAUUCCGGAUAGGGGUUGGAAGAUCAUUCCACCAGCCAGGAACGGUAAACGAAAAUGUUCUGGAAAGUGAUUUUUUUUUUUUAAUCUCUUUGUGAUAGUGAUACGAGGCAUCGCUCACUAGUGGAUCUCAGACUUCUGGAGGGAAUGUAGAUUCUUAAGUGAGUGGGUGCUAAGUCUGUGGCUGUUCUAUAUAAAAGCAUCAGUGUCUUAAACUUGAUGCGAGCUGUAACCAGCUGCCAGUGCAAGGAGAUAAAGAGAAGUGUGACAUGGGCUCAUUUGAGCUCGUUAAAGACCAGUCGUGCCACUGCAUUCUGAAUCAUUUUGACUGUGCAUGAUGGAAGUCCAGCCAGAAGAGCAUUGCAGUAGUCCAGCCUAGAAAUGACAAGGGCCUGGAUAAGAAGUGGUGCAGCAUGCUCCGUUAGAAAGGGUCCGAUCUUUCUGAUGUUGUGCAAUGGAUACCUGCAAGAUUUUGCAGUUUUUGCAAUGUGGUCUUUGAAAGUUAGCUGGUCACUUGAUGGGUGUAAUUGUUCUUACAUUCAUGUCGGGAUGUCCGCCACUUAGCCUUAGAUCUGUGCAGCUUCCGUUGAAUCAUCUGGUUGACAUGAAAGCUAGAGCUGUGUGUCAUCAGCAUAGCAAUGGUAGGAGAAACCACGUGCCUGUAUGAUGGGUCCCAGAGAUGUAGUGUAUAUGGAGAAGAGGAGGGGUCCAAGAACUGAUCCCUGAGGAACCCCAGUGACCAGUUUGAUGUGCUCUGGAUAUCGUCCCACCUCAGGCCACCCUGAAAGACCUAUCAGUGAGAGAGGAUUCAAACCAAGUGAUGCCCAGUGAUGAGAGGCUGGACUGGAAGAUCUGAUGAAUCAAAAGCAGCAGAUAGAUCUAGCAAAAAAAUAAAACUCAUCCUUGACAGGUACAUUUAGGAAAAUUACUCUGCAAUUGUAAAUUAAGAAAAAAAAAUUGUGCCUCUGUUCCCUCUUAGAAUAGGAAUUUUUUUUUUUUGUAACAUGCCCAUGUUUUGUAUUGUGUAUGAAUCUGUUGAACAGGCUUUAAUGUUUUAUUAUGUUGUAAUUAUUGUGAAGACCAUAUGACUAUUGGGAUUGGACAAGAACUGACAAUAUAAACUAAAGUGUUGAAUGCCAGCAAACAUUAUAACUGACAACUUCUUCAACCACACUAAUAAACCAGCCAGUGUCAUCA